AUGGCUACUGCUCUCGCCCUCGGUUUUGGAAUCGCCGCUACUGCCUUCUUCGGUCGCGCCGGCCUGGUGGCUUUCAAGCGCUACCGUGGGGGCACCAGCGCUGUAGGCAAGGCCUUCUACAAGGGCGGCUUUGAGCAAAAGAUGACUAGAAAGGAAGCUGCUCUGAUCCUCGAGACUACAGAACGCGGCCUCACUCGCGACAUCAUCCGCAAGAAGCACCGUCAACUCAUGCUCUUGAACCACCCCGAUCGCGGCGGCAGCCCUUACCUCGCCACAAAAGUCAACGAAGCGAAAGAACUGCUGGAGAAGACGACAUAG